AGCAAGGCCCUCCCACUAACAGACCCCGCUCCCUAAGCAUCUGCCUCAGCACCUGCACAGACCUGGGUCUCUAUUUAAGGCUAAAUCACUAGGACUCACUGAUCCCAGUGCCCUUUUUUUACAACCUCAUUUGUGGUCAUCGGAAGCUCUGGAUUCAGCCUCAGGAAGGCAGAUUCCAUCUGUGGUUUUCUGUGAGCAGCUCAGCCCUUCACCGCCCCCCGGAUUUCUUUUUCUCUUUAAAAUUAUGAGGUUGUAGAGAUGAUUUCUUAGCUCUUCAUCGGCCUGACGCUUUAGCGAUUCUGUGACACAUCACAGGAAGCAACUCAGAAGUGGCAGAGUUGGGCACCGAGAGGAACCAGGAGCAGACGCUAAGGACACAUUUCCUGCCUUGGGGAGCUCGGGCUGAGGUGACAAUCCUCGUGGAUACACAGUCCCCUCAGAAUAGUCACUGGAGAGUCUGAAGGCAGAGAAUUCUUUGUAGGUGGAGGUCAGGGUGAUGCAUGGUUAGGAAAGGGCCUAAACUCAAGGCUUCCUUGGCAAGAGUAUGCUGAGAAAGCAGCUAUGGGAAUUCUAGUCCACGAAGAGAUGCAGGAAAACCUGCACCAUGUUUUCUGAACAAGUUAACAAGACGUCCCCGCUGGGGAGGGGCUGGCGAUGGACUCGUGCACCCUCCGCCCCUCACUGCAGCCACUACUCCCUGGUGCCCCCUGGCUUCCACCUGGCCCUUUCUCCCCCAGCAGCGCCCCAGGUGGUACCCCACAAGCUCCUCCUUCCCUCAUUUCACUCCCACAGGUGCCUCUGGAUGGGCCAGCGCGUGGACAGCCCCAGCAAUGCCACCAAGCCUGGGGGCUUUCUCCUUCAAGGCUUCUCUGAGUUCCCAUACCUGAGGCCGGCGCUCUUCCUGCUGCUGCUGGCAGUGCACCUGGCCACCCUGAGUGGGAACCUGCUCAUCCUGCUGGCCGUGGCCUCGGCGCCCAGACGGCCACCCAUGCUGCUCUUCCUGUGCCAGCUGUCAUCCAUCGAGCUCUGCUACACGCUGGUGGUGGUGCCCCGCUCCCUGGCCGACCUGGCUUCGCCCAGCCUCGGCGCGGGCAGCCCGAUCUCUUUCCUGGGCUGCGCCGUUCAGAUGCAGAUGUUCGUGGCGCUGGGCGGGGCCGAGUGCUUCCUGCUGGCCGCCAUGGCCUAUGACCGCUACGUGGCCAUCUGCCACCCGCUGCGCUACGCGGCCGUGGUGACCGCCGGGCUAUGCGCGCGACUGGCCCUGGCCUGCUGCCUCGGAGGACUCAUAGUGUCCGUCGGGCUCACGGGGGCGGUCUUCCACCUGCCUUUCUGCGGCUCCCGUCUGCUGGUGCAUUUCUUCUGCGACGUCACUGCGCUGCUGCACCUGGCCUGCACGCGGAGUUACACAGACGAGCUGCCGGUGCUGAGCACUUGCAUGCUGCUGUUGCUGCUGCCCUUGCUGCUCAUCCUGGCCUCCUAUGGCGCCAUCGCCGCUGCCCUGCGCCGCCUGCACUCCCCCGAUGGCCGGCGCAAGGCCGCCUCCACCUGUGCCUCGCACCUGACCGUCACCUUCCUGCACUACGGCUGCGCCACCUUCAUGUACGUGCGCCCCAAGGCCAGCUACUCCCCACAGCGGGACCGCACGCUGGCGCUGGUCUAUACCAACGUCACGCCGCUGCUCUACCCGCUCAUCUACAGCCUGCGCAACCGCGAGAUCACCGCCGCCAUCCGCAGGGUGCUGGGGCGGUGGCGCCCGUGCCAACGGCAAGGUCAGUCCCUGUGAAACCUGACAGCAGUUAGGGACCAGGCCAGGGUGGGCACCUGUGCUCCCCAAGCGUUCCUCUCUCAGGAGGUGUCUGCAUCAGGAACGCCACCAGGGGGACUCAAGGGCCGGAUUCCGGAAACAGAUCCUGGAAAAGUGUCCCCAGGAGGAGAGCCUGCCAGGAGUCGCCCCACCCCCCACCCCUCCCUGAAACGAUGGCCAAAGACAGUGUGAUGUGGACCAAAUCACAACCCUGGACAUGCACCUGGUGCUUCCAUAAGCACCCGUGAGUUC